CACUCACAGGGUGUGGAGGGUGGAGGUCACACCGACUCUCAGGGCCAGGCCGACAGGUAGAAAGGUCGAGACCAACUUUAAAAAUUGCCUACCAACUUCCUCCUCUCCUCCCCUGGACCACGAUGGGUUCAGACCUACGUGACCUGAACUCCCUGCUGCCCCCCCUCCCGGCGGGCCCCAGCCCCGGGUGCCCGGCCCUGCCCGUCAGCACGGCCCCGCAGUGGGCUCCCGUCCUGGACUUCCACACCGCCGCCUCCCCCUACUCCUCCCUGGCGGCCCCCCACACCCCCCUGGGGUCCCACUCCUUCAUCAAGCAGGAGCCCACCUGGGGGACCACGGUGGACCCCCACCACCACGAGGCCGACCCCCACUGCGGCCUCAGCGCCUUCACCGUCCACUUCUCGGGCCAGUUCACCGGCACCGGGGCCUGCAGGUACGGCUCGGCGUUCGGGGCCCCCCCCCCUCCGCCGACCUCCAGCCAGCCGCCGCCUGUGACGGCGCCGCACCACCACCAGCCGCCCGGCAGGAUGUUCAGCAACCCGCCAUACCUGACCAACUGCAUGGACACACAGCAGGCGGCCCGCAACCAGACAGGUUACGGCGCAGUCGCAUUCGAUGGAGCCGGGAAUUACGGCCACACUCCAACUCACCACAGCUCCCAGUUCUCCAACCACACCUUCAAGCACGAGGACGCUUUAACCCAGCAGAACCCGAUGGGUGAGCAGCAGUAUCCUGUACCUCCUCCUGUUUAUGGAUGCCACACACCGUCAGACAGCUGUACAGGCAGCCAGGCUCUGCUGCUGAGGAACCCUUACAACAGCCACGCAGCAGGAUACGACAGUGACCCCAACAUGGUGUACAGCUGCAGCACGCAGUACCGCAUUCACACACACGGGGUCUUCAGGGGAAUCCAGGACGUGAGGCGGGUUCCCAGCAUCGCUCCGGCCAUCGUGCGGUCCGAGGCCAGCGAGAAGCGUCCGUUCAUGUGCGCCUACCCAGGAUGCAACAAGCGCUACUUCAAGCUGUCCCACCUGCAGAUGCACAGUCGUAAACACACAGGGGAGAAACCGUACCAGUGUGAGUUCACAGACUGCGGCCGGAGGUUCUCCCGCUCCGACCAGCUGAAGCGACACCAGAGGAGACACACAGGAGUUAAACCCUUCCAAUGCGAGACGUGUCAGAGAAAGUUCUCUCGGUCUGACCACCUUAAGACUCACACCCGGACUCAUACAGGUAAAACAAGUGAGAAGCCGUUUAACUGCCGGUGGCCGAACUGUCAGAAGAAGUUUGCCCGGAGCGACGAGCUGGUGCGACACCACAACAUGCACCAGAGGAACCUCAGCAAGCUGCAGCUCAGCAUCUGAACCCGAGUCCGGCCCACGUCCUCCUGAUGCUCCACACGUAAACAUCUGGGUCACACCUGCUUUUGUUUUCUGCCCCCCCCCCCCCCCCCC